UUAUAUUGACCGAUCCGUUGUUACCGGCAUUAACGAUGACCCUUCACGGGUUACAUCCCACGCUUCAGCCAUGUACAAACGUAUUCAUUACUAUGGGAAGUUAGGUGCUCCCUCAGAACAGACUUUGGUUGCCCCUGAUCAUGUCAUCCCAGCACCUGAAGAGAUCUAUGUUUACAGUCCGCUUGGAAGUGCCUUUAAAAUUGUCGGAGGAGACAACUCGGAGAAGAACUCCAGCAUUGUUACAAUAUUUAUGAUCUGGAAUACCAUGAUGGGAACAUCAAUACUCAGUAUUCCCUGGGGUAUAAAACAGGCUGGAUUCACUACUGGAGUUGUUAUAAUCUUCUUGAUGGGCCUUUUAACACUUUACUGCUGCUUCAGAGUUUUGAAAUCACGAGGGAACAUAUCUUCUACUGACACCUCAAGCUGGGAGUUUCCAGAUGUCUGCCAGUACUAUUUUGGCUCAUUUGGACGGUGGUCCAGCCUCCUGUUUUCUCUGGUGUCUCUUGUUGGAGCAAUGAUUGUCUAUUGGGUGCUAAUGUCCAACUUUCUAUUUAAUACUGGAAAAUUUAUUUAUAAUUCUGUAAAUCAUGUCAACGUUACGGAGCUGGGACUAAGUACAAACGGUAGUGAUAAAGUUAUUUGCCCAAAUAAUCAAGAUUCCACACCAUCAAAUGAAACAGUGGAUUUCGUUUUUGGAAAUAGUACAGGAUUCACGGUAUUCCAGACGUGGUGGAGUAAAACAAAUACUGUUCCACUUUAUCUGAUCUUCAUACUUCUGCCGCUUCUCAACUUCCGAUCGCCAUCCUUUUUUGCCAAAUUCAACGUCUUAGGCACCACAUCUGUACUAUACCUGGUAUCACUAAUUACAUAUAAAGCUGCUCGCAUUGGAUUCCACUUUGACUUUCAAUGGGAUGAACUCCAAAAAUAUUUUGUUCCUGAAUUUAGGUUAUCGUUUCCGCAAUUAACUGGAAUCCUGACACUUGCUUUCUUCAUUCACAACUGUAUCAUCACGCUGCUAAAGAACAACAGGAACCCUGAAAAUAAUGUCAGAGACCUCUCAGUUGCCUAUCUGCUGGUUGGAUUAACAUAUAUGUAUGUAGGCAUCAUGAUAUUUGGCUUAUUUCCUUCCCCUCCGCUGGAUAAAGAAUGCAUUCAAGAAAACUUUCUAGAUAAUUUUCCCAGCAAUGACAUCCUGUCAUUUAUCGCAAGAAUAUUCUUACUGUUUCAAAUGAUGACAGUGUACCCACUGCUGGGAUAUCUGGUUAGAGUACAACUCUUGGGACAUAUCUUUGGAAACACCUAUCCAAGUUUUCUACAUGUUCUGGGAUUAAACAUAGCUGUUGUUGCUGUGGGAGUUGUCAUGGCGAAAUUCUACCCCAACAUCGGCGGAAUUAUUAGGUUUUCCGGAGCUGCCUGCGGCCUCGCGUUUGUCUUUGUAUACCCUUGUUUGAUCCAUAUGAUCGCUCUUUAUCGCAACCAGCGACUCACGUGGUAUUCUGCUGUCAUACAUAUCUCUAUCAUCAUACUAGGUGUUGGGAACCUCGUUGCACAGUUUCUCAUAUAAAGCUCAGUGUAUACAUCUGCACCAACAGCUGCUAUAUCUACAGAGACGUCACUAGAAGAAGAAGAAUGCAGUUACAUAACAUGACCUGUUCCAGCACAAGAAAACACUAUGAAAGAGAUCACUCUGUGCUCUAUAUGCUUUUCCUGGUGACAGAUGUCACACAUUGCAGUCCAUUCCUCAGUAUUGUUACUGUGCGUGUGUGUAAAGGG